AUGAUUAUUUGGCUGGGCAUAUCAAGCUUGGUAAUUGCUGCUGCUUCAGCUGCAACCCUAAAACUUCAACAAAACGAUGAUACGCUCUUCCUCCGUGGAGUAGCUGAAUAUGAAACGACCCUGACAGCUGAAGACUUCAGAAGAGGUCAAGUCUUGAUGGCUAGUCAAUUUGCUUCAGCAGAUUCUGAUAUUUGGGAUUCUGAUGCUAUGUACAGCCGUAGCCGGUUUGAAGGAGAUAUUGCUAAUUCUAAUUUGAAUGCCUCUACGGUUGAAGCUUUCAUGAAUGGUGGAGCUAAAGACUUAGGAAACGGCAACUUCUAUAACGCCAUCAAGAACCGUCAUCAGUUAUGGCCCAAGGGUCGGAUUCCUUAUACUAUCAGCAGUCAAUAUAGCUCCUACAGUCGAUCUCUCAUUGCUGCUUCUAUGCAGGAGUACUCAACUCAUACUUGUAUCAAGUGGGUUCCAAAAGAGAACGGUGAUGCUAACUACGUACACAUUUACCCAGACAGAGGAUGCUAUUCAAUGGUUGGAAAAAUGGGUGGUAAACAAAUGCUCUCGUUAGGAUCUGGAUGUAUCCAAAAGGGAAUUAUCAUUCACGAACUCAUGCAUGCUGUUGGAUUCUUCCAUGAACAAAGUCGUACUGAUCGAGAUGAUUAUAUUACCAUCUUAUGGAAUAAUAUUUCACCUGGAAUGCAAGGACAAUUUGAGAAAUACGGUCAAGGAACUAUUUCUGACUUAGGAACCAAAUAUGAUUACACCUCAAUUAUGCAUUAUGGAGGAAAGGCUUUCUCAAAGAAUGGACAACCAACCAUGGUCCCUAAGCAGCAGAACGCCCAGAUUGGUCAAAGAUCUGGCUUCUCCAAGACAGACAUGUUUAAAAUCAACACCCUUUACGGUUGCCCAACAGAUCAAGGCGGGGUUGAAACAACUACAGCCAGACCCACACAGCCCCCAACAACACAGCCUCCUGCUACAGUGCAACCAAUCACUUCUCCAUACACCCCAUCACCAUCAACUCCCACCCCUCCAAAUCAACGUAAAAACUUACGAGGAGAUUGCGAUAACUUAGCUUUCAAUGGUUGGUGCACACGAAACCCAUCUUGGAUGAAUGAUUACUGUCCAUUGUCUUGUGGACCCACUAAACCAGACACUUCUUCAACACUCAUUCCUGAACCCAUUCCUCUCGGAACAACUACAAAACAACCUCUGAAACCAACAAUCAUUACAACGACUACAACAACAACAACACCACCAGCUCCAACUCCUCAGCCAGUUAUUGAUACUGAUUGUGAAGAUUUGAGAGUAGAUUGCGUAUCUUUAGUUAAACGCAGGUACUGUAAACUGUCCGGCAUUUUCAUGAAGUCCUUCUGCUCGAAGAGUUGUGGAUUCUGCUUCAAGCCUCCACCAACCGAGGUUCCAGAUACUCAUGCUACUGUUAGACCAGUACCAAUAUAUCCAUCAGUUGUUACGUUUUCGCCAUUUGUUACCUUCCGUCCACCUAAGUAA